GGAGACGGGACGCGGUGCGGGAAGAUGGCGGAUGCGUUGGUGCUGCGGGCCCUCCGGGGAAAUGCGAGGCACCUGGACCUGAGCGGAAAGAAACUGAGGCGGGUCCCCAAGGCGGUGGGGAGGUUAUUCGAACUGAAUCGCCUCCAGCUGAAAAAUAACCUGAUCAGCGACCUGCCCGUGGAGUUACAGGCGCUCAGCAAUUUGACAGAACUCAACUUGGGAAAUAAUUCCUUCGAAGCACUUCCAGAAGUUCUGAAACAUCUAAGACAAUUAAGGAAGCUCCACUUGUUUGGUAACAAACUUGAAGCAUUAUCUCCAAGUGUAUUUGGUAAAUAUAAUUAUGCUGUUAAUUCUUGCUGAUAUUUUUAAAGUCAAUUACUUACUUAUGAAA